AAUGUAAAAUUUUAUGAAUUAGUCCAUGGUUUUGAAGUUUAAACACAAACAGAUCUAUGAAACAGAUUGAUUGUAUAUUCACGUAUAAAUAAAAAUUACAUAAUAUACGAGUGUUUAAUUAGUUCAAAUUGUGACAAUUCCUAUUUAACUGGACACGAAACUAGAAAUAUUGUCUUCUAAAGAGAGUGGUGCGGGUUUAGUGGUAAUAUGCAUUAUCUUUACACCGUUUUAUUUUUAGUUUUUGCAGUCUGUUUUCAUUGUUCAGCAAACACUAUCGUCAAACAGGAAAAUGUUAUUGUCAAUGCUAGCAGUAUUCCGAACACAUCUGUUACGCAGAUAGAUGGAACUAUUGGAGAAUCGACAACAGUUCGUCCGUUGAUUACAGCUUCUCCCGGCAUAGUCUCUUCCACACUUGCUUCUGCAUCAAACAUUACAGUAACUCCAACAAUUAAUUCGACUGCAGUUCCAGCAUCAACAACAACUACAUCAAAGCCACUUACUUCUUCAAAAGGAACGACUCCAGGAAGUACACCAGCUUCAACUACUACUAAACCUACUCUAGCUCCUAAUUCUUCUAUCGUCACCACUUCAGCUCCACAUCACGAGAGAAAGUUUGAUGGGCCCAGCUUUGUUGGUGGUAUAAUUUUAGCUCUCUCCAUGGUCGCAAUUGGAUUUGUUGCCUUAAAGUUCUACAAAACGCGCACUGAAUUGAACUAUCAUACUCUUUAAACAUUGCUCUUUAUGUAGCUCUCGCUGCAUCAAAAUUUCCCGAUAUUUGCUGUAAAUGUAUUUAUAGUUUGGAAUUAGAGUACGGAGCAGUGAUGUUAGGGAUUUGAAGCCCAGUUAGGUACUUGAAGUCGGUGUUCAGUUUUGUUUGCUAUGUUGAACACCCAAAACACUUUCCACAUACUGAAAAAUAUAUUUCUUUUAGGGCAUGAUUCCUAAACAGGUGAAUAAAGUGCAAUAUCGUAUUAAUCGGUUUUUAAAUUAAGUAAAUGAGUAAAUUAUAUUGGCUGGUCAAGUUUAAUUCAAGUGAUGUUGAAAUGUGUUUAUAAAAAGUAUGGAAGUAAGUUCAACAAUGAUAAACUGAAGUAUAAAAUGUAUGAAGUAGAAAAAUUAAAUGCACCCGGCUCCACAUCGUAUGAAAUCACUGCUGUAUACUAGAGCCCAACUGUAGUGAGGUUCAUUUCACAUCCAACACUUAACUAUUCAAAACUAACUGUUCAAAAAAGAAAGUCAAGCAUAUGCAGUUUGUGCAUUUCAAUUUAGCUUUUUUUCUAAAGAAUUUUAUUAGUGUUUUGUUUUAUAUAUGUACGUCCUCAUUACACAGGACGGUCCAAGCUCAACGUAGCAUUGUGAAAUGUGUGUUAAAUAUCAAUUGAAUUGUAAAUUUGAGUCUCAAAGUUAACCUAAUAAAAGUGUGACCUAUUAAAAAUUGGUUUGGAAAGAAAUAUCAGUUUAUAUUUUAAUUCAUCUCUUAUAUUAAAACAUAUUUUAUUGUUACAAUUGAAGAAGCUCAGGGGUGGAUUCGUUGGAUUGUUUUAUUAUAUUGAGAGAAAAGUCUUGAUUUGAGAAUAUAAUAAAUUCAGAGCAACGACGCCACAUUGAGGUAUAAUCCUGCACCAUAAAUAGAUCAUUGAAAUAUUUCUCCGCUUUUGGUGGCUCUGGAAAUUACGUGUGGGAUACCGCCGAAAAUAAAUAUAAAAUAUGUGGUCUGCUUUUUUUAAAUUCUGUUUUAUGUGUCACACUUUAUUGGGUACAAACGGAAAGAACGUAGUCAUGGCCAUUUUAAAAACUGCAAAAUUGACCCUGGCUUUUCAGUAAAGGUAUAUGUGUGAAACACUGAGUUUGAUGAAAUCCGUAGACCAUUCUAACAAUCAGGGAAUGUGGUAAUGGAAAAAAUUGAUGAAAUGGAACAGUAUAACAUUUUUAUAAGCUUAACAAGAUGUUGGUUAACUAUGUAACUUGGGGUUUGCAAUAGAUAUAGUAUAAAGCGUAAAAUACAUUUUCGAAAAUUUUGCAGCUGUUAAAAUAUGCUUUGCAGAAUUUGUGAUAUUUUCUAUAACUUAAAUAUGUAUUUUACGUGUUUCUUUUUUACUUAGUCCUACAUAUUUCACUAUCACUUUGACUUGCAAGAUUACAUUUUGUUUUUACAGUUUUUGAGAAAUGUUAUUUUAUUUAAAUAACAUGAAUAUCGUUUAAUGAAUCUUUUUGGAUAUGAUAAAAUUUAUAAAAGUUGCGAUUUAUCAGUUUAGGUCGAUAAAUAUGUUACUGUGAACUCACAAAAUAAUAUUCUGUCCUGUAAAAGUGCUCUUACGUAGGGGUACUUUGUAGCUCAUUUUUUUAUAUUAUGCAGUGUAAGCACAUAUUACUUACUUAUAUUAAUGAAGCAGUAAUGCCAAUAUUUUUUUGCGAAUAUUGUUAUUAGUAGCUAGAAUAUACCUUCAAUGCAAUUAUAAAUCUAUAUAAUUUAGCGGUGUUGAGUCUCAUAUUUAUUGAUGUUUUGAAGAACAUAAGAGCUAUAUUUUUUGGAAAUUGGGAUCUGAUUACUUAUAAUGUGGAUAAAAUUUGUGUAGAUGUAAUUUACUAACAAAAUUAUAUAUGUACACGAUGAA